AUGAAGUUAUUUUCAUCCGUCUACUCGCGCCAAGAGAAGCGCAUCAACGAACUCGAACAGGCUCUCGAGCAAGCUAAUGCCACGAUCGCGCAUCUCCGCGCAGAGAACGCCGGUCACCCGACCGCUCGCCGCGAUUCUGCAUACAGCAGUACGAGAGCUUCCUCGCGAGCGCCAUCUACCUCACCUGCACCGUCAUACAGCCGGCCUACAGCGGCCUCUGCGAGAAAGCCUCUUACAGUGAUUGACCCUGUAGUUUCUACGAAGCAUCCCGCGAACUCUGCGACUGUCCAUGGCAUCCGCUACUACUACGUAGAUGGGUGCAUCGCUGAGCAGGAGAGAUCGGGCAGAAAUACCGGUUAUCUCAAGCACACCAGGUCGUCGGCAAGGAAGGCUUCACACCCAGAAAGAGCCCUUGACGACGGUAUCACCUACACUACGAGGUUGAGGGAAGACAUGGAACGCUGGGAUAGCUCGACCCCUGAGCCCGAAGACAACGAUUCUAACUGGGGUCGGGUCGAUGAUGAGCCUGAAUACCUUAGACUCGAGGAUGGGAGCCUCGAUGAGGUUGCUUCACUCAAGAAGACGACCCGGCUUAACGAUGAAGACUUCUACAAGACGCAACAGGGCCAAGUAGGCAUUCGAUUCGAUCAUCAGAUGCAUUCCUUGAGAGAAGCCUUCGAGCUAGCACAGGAUGCGUUGUUCGAUGCUGCUCGAGAGCGCUGGCCGGAGACGUGGAGACGAUUCUUCAUUGCAGGUCCACGCAGCAUUCGAUUCGGUCGGGAUGAGUUGUAUGGCACAAUUCUUGGAGAAGGCGGUUCGCGCUUCGUACAUGGCGUGCACAUAUCCCCUGGCUACGAGGUCGCGUCUAGCCUUCUUGAAGUCGUCUACCUCCGCAACGCAGUCGCUCAUCCUGGGCCAAAGAAGACUUGCGACAUCGACAAGCUAAUGGCACAUGCUCAGCGGCUGGCAUGUGCUCUACAAGAUAAGACCCGAGCGAGGAAGAUCCGUCAGUGUAGAGACGAUCUCCAAGAGAAAGCCAAGGCAUCGUUCGAAGAGAUCGUCGCCUACGAGCCCUGGUCUCGUCUCCCAGAGCAAGGACCAUGGCAGCCUCACCAUCAGGGGUUUUUCACCAGGGUGAACGCAAGACACGGCAAGACCGAGGAGGAGAUUGUGGAGACCUAUGGCGCUGCGGCGAUGCGAGCUGCUGCGGCAUGGGACUUGCUUUGCCAAGACGUUGGACAGGAUGAUCCGGUUUACCUCGCCAGCAUUGAAAAGCAAGAUGCUGAGUGUGCUGAGCUAGCCGCAAAGACGGCUACAGAGGCUGAGGCUUAA